AGGAAGUAGCCUCCAGUGGGACGCAGGAGAGGUUGUCUUCCUGACAGCGGAGAGCCAACUCCCUGUGGAACUAAAGUCUUCUCGCUCAAUUGUUUACUAAUAGUAUCCAAUAAGUAGACAUUUGUAUUCUUUUCACAGACGGACACCAUGGAGGUCGACUCAGUCUUCUACACUGAUCACAGUGGAAGAGUCAAUAGUAACCCGCUGUUGGACCAGCUCCCCAGCUACCAGUCCCUGCUGUACCGCAGAAAGUCAUCAACUGUUGGCUCCAAGCGAAGAAGCAGCUCCAGAGCACGACUUGGCUCCUCUGGCAGCGGGAAAUGGGGCUUGAGCACCGUCAGCAGAAAUGAGGAGAAGCAGAAGAGUCUGAUGGCUCAGAGACCCAUCAGGGAACAACCCAAGACCAUGGCCGAGAAACGCCGAGACAAAACACAGCGCUUGGAGGAGAAUCGAGAGCUCAGCAGUUUGGGCCAGCGGGUGCAAAGCACACGCAGGUAUCUGAGGAGGCUGGGGGAUGAUGCCCAUGAAUGGCUGAGCUCUUUGAAACUCUGGAGGGGAGACAUCCACCUGAUCGAGGGGAUGUUCGGCACAGGUAUUCUGUCCUACUUCUCCUUCCUGCGCUUCCUGGUCAUGCUCAACUUGAUCAUCUUUUUGCUCAUGUUCAGCUUCGUCAUGUUACCCAUCAUCAUAGCCCCGAACGCUUCAGCAAAUAUCACCUACAACCAGAAUGACGGAGGUUUGUGCACUGUUUAUCCAAGCAGCGCCCGUCGAGGUCUGGUCAUCUUUCAUGAGCACAUUACUGAUCUGCUGUCUGGUGGAGGCUUUCUGGAACAAACCUAUCUGUUCUAUGGCUACUACAAAGUGGACAAAAUCCACUUUCCAAAGACCACUUACAAUUUGCCGCUGGCCUACCUGCUGGUCACUAUAGCCUACCUGUUCCUCAGUCUCAUCUGGAUAGUUAAAAGGUCUGCCACGGGAUUCAAACGUAACCUGGUUCAGGAUGAGGAUCGCUUUCAGAGCUUUUGCAACAAGAUCUUUUCUGGCUGGGACUUCUGCAUCACCAACGAGAACGCAGUGCGGUUGAAGAGAAGCAGUUUGCUCUACGAGCUCAGGACAGAUUUGGAGGAGGAGAGGAUCAAACAGAAAAUAGCAGAUCGCACACGUAAAGAGAGAUGUCGGAUUUACCUUAUCCGCCUCAUUCUCAACCUUUUUGUCAUCGGCGUCCUGGCUAGUUGCUUCUACAGCAUUUAUGAAGCCACCAUCUUCUCCCAGAAAGUACAGAUGGAUAAGAUAAAGGACAAUUUCAUUGUGGAUCUCAUCUAUGAGUAUCUACCCUCAAUUGUUAUCACCAUGGCCAACUUCAUCACCCCCCUCCUCUUCUCUGUUAUCAUCAAUUACGAGGACUACUCACCUGCGUUUGAGAUCCGCUUCACGCUGAUGAGGUGUGUCUUCAUGCGGUUGACCAGUAUUGGGGUUCUGCUCUUCUCUCUCUGGUCUCAGAUCACUACAUGUGAACAGGAGCCCUGCAUUUGUGGCUAUAACCAUAAGCUUUACUCUUGUUGGGAGACCCAUGUGGGCCAGGAGAUGUACAAACUCACCAUCUUUGACUUCAUCAUCAUUAUCGCAGUCACAAUCUUUGUGGAGUUUCCCAGGAAGCUGAUAGUGAAUUACUGUGACUGUGGCCUGGCUAAGUGGUGGGGCCAGCAGGAGUUUGCUAUCCCUCAGAACGUGCUCGAGAUCGUCUACGGUCAGACCAUCUGCUGGAUCGGCACGUUCUACAGCCCAAUGCUGCCGGCCAUCUGCACGAUUAAAUACUUCUUUAUCUUCUAUAUCAAAAAGGUCUCAUUGAUGGCCAACUGCCGUCCGGCCACACGUCCGUUCCGAGCUUCCAGCUCCAACUUCUUCUUCCUGGUUGUGCUGCUGAUCGGCCUUGCUCUGGCCUGUCUGCCCGUCUCUUUUAGUGUGGCUCAGAUAAACUCUUCCCAGGCCUGUGGACCGUUUGUUAAUUACAACACCUCCUGGGAGGUGCUGCCAGCUACAGUAUCUGAGCUGCCUCAUGGAAUCAAAACACUCCUCUUCGCUCUCUCCUCAGAGGCCUUCGCUGUCUCCUUCUUUGUUGUCACGUGUUUGGCCAUGUUUUAUGUGAUCGCACUAGCUGGAGCUCACAAGAGAGUUAUUAACCAACUAAGGGAGCAGCUAGCCAUGGAAGGCCGUGAUAAGCAUUUCUUGAUCCAAAAGCUGUGCCAGGCCCAGAGGCUCUCAGCUAUCAAAUCACCGGUGUCCAAAUCUCAACCCCGCAAAAGCAGCAGCAGAAGCAGCCCCAGCUAUCACACCAGCUUCUCCAACAAUUUUGAUGAAGGUGUGUUUCUGGCACACUCACUUCAUGACUCCUCCACACAUGUGUGAGGCAAGGGCCGGAUGUUACAGACCAGAGACGGGACAGACGGACUGGAUUUUAAAACCAAAUGAAUAUCUUAAAUUAUGUGAGUGGCUAUGGACUUGCUUACAUUUAUGUGUUGCCUUUUUUUGUGUUCUUUUGUUGACAAUCUCAUUAUCAUAAAACUAUUAGGAGGCCACAAUGUUCAAGUAUUUUUAAACCAGAAUAAUCAUUGCUGGUCAGAUGGUUUGUGGUGUUUUUCUUCUUGUGGCACGCAUCUUUUCCUUCUGAGAAGGACUUGACUUAACGUUCUCAAUUCUAUGCACUUUAAAUGUAUUAACACUAGUGUUUUCUUACUUUUUUUUAACUUUUGUGUUUAUGUUAGUCUCUUCAUUGUGUGUUUUCACCAUUCAUCAUUAUUAAAAACACUAUAGUACUUGGUUGUAAUUUUCUAUGCCCGGGAGCUUCACUGCAGCUCACUGCUCCUUAAUACCUAAGGAUGGGUCAAAUGCAGAAUUUCCCCACAGGGAUCAAUAAAAGUGUACAUUUCUUUUU